AGAGUAAUAGAUGCAGGACCAAAAGGGAAUUUAUCUCGAUUUAUGAAUCAUUCAUGUCAACCGAACUGUGAGACUCAGAAAUGGAUGGUAAACGGUGAUGUUAGAGUUGGUUUGUUUGCUCUCAAUGAUAUCUCUGCAGGUUCUGAAUUAACGUUCAACUAUAACCUAGAAUGUCUUGGAAAUGAAAAAACAGUGUGUGCUUGUGGAGCUUUUAACUGUAGUGGAUUUUUAGGGGUUAGACCCAAGGUAAGCUCUAUAGCGAAUGCUAAUAGAGUAAAAGAUGGGAACAAGAAAAAGAAACGUAAAAAGAAGAUAGAUAUAAAGAAAGAACAUGAUGAUGAUUGUUUCCGAUGUGAAGAAGGGGGAGAACUAGUGAUGUGUGAUCAUAACACGUGUCCUAAAGUUUAUCAUCUACAAUGUUUAAAUCUUACUAAACCUCCUACAGGUAUAGACUCAUUACUUUAA